GAGGUUUUGCUGAAGAGAGCUGCAGAUCUGGUGGAGGCGCUGUAUGGGAUGCCUCAUAACAACCAGGAGAUCAUCUUGAAGCGUGCGGCUGACCUGACGGAGGCUCUAUAUAGUGUGCCGCGGAGCCACAAUCAGCUGCCCUCUCUGACGGGCUCCAGCGCUCACUCCGGCAUGAUGGGAGUCAACUCCUUCAGCAGCCAGCUCGCCGUCAACAUCUCUGAGGCCUCGCAGGCGGACCAGGGUUACUCUCGUAACUCCAACAGCGUGUCUCCUCGCGGGUACGUGCCGAGCUCCACACCGCAGCAGUCCAACUACAACACCAUCACCUCCACCAUGAACGGAUACGGAGCCGCUGGAAUGACCAACCUGGGCGUGCCGGGAUCCCCGAGCUUCCUCAACGGCUCCGCUGCAAACUCUCCAUACGCAAUCACCCCCUCCAGUCCUCUGUUGGAGCCUCACUCCUCCAUCUGUCUGUCUGCGGGCCCUUUCUCAUUCUCUCCUGUCCAUAUGAUCUCUGCAGUCAAACAGAAGAGCGCCUUCGCGCCGGUCGUCCGGCCACAGAGCUCCCCGCCCCCCACCUGCACCAGCACCAAUGGGAGCAGUCUACAGGCUAUGGCCGGUCUGAUCGUCCCGCCCAUGUGAACAUCUGAUCUCCAAAUAUCCGUCCAAUAUGUCUGAAGAACAUCACCAGUCCUGCCCGAAAAACUACAUCCACACAUCCGGAUCGACAAAGCAUUCGUGCAUCUGGCCUGAAAUGUUUGUGUUUGCCACUUUAUCUUUGGAGAACGCCGGACUAGGAUAAUAAUAUUGAUAAUAAUAACCUCACGUUAUUUUGUUUGUUAGCCUGAUGAUCCUCAUACUGUACGUCUGUCCUGUUUCUACUGUGAGAAGAGAGACUUUUAAACGUGAUUGAAUUACUUUUCGUUUCCGUCAUCGGCACAAACUGGAAGCGUUCGGCGUGAUGUUUAUCCCCCAUCAGGAUCAUUUCUACUCCUGUAGUUGAGUGUAGUUUGAGGUGUGUGGAUUGGUAGAUUUACAGUAAGCCAGGAAUGCAGUUUUAACCACAUUUAGGUACCAGACUUAUUGUCCAACUUCUUAAUGUGCUUUUUUUGUAUGUAUUUAUAAAGUUCGUUUCGGGGGUUUCUUUGGUGAGUUAGGCCUGAAUAAUAGUCUCAAAUAUCUAUGUCAACACAUUUGAUGUCUUAAUACCUUUUAGAUAUUGUAAAAAGAGUGAAGAAUACAGCUUUUUUUGUAAAAACAGAAACUGACAAUGACAAAAAAAAGGUUGAGAUGUGAGUCCUGUUUUUUUUCAAAAGCAGGGUGCGAAGCGUCGCCACUUUUGUAUAAAAACGGAAGAAAACGCAAACAAACAAACGUUUUUCAAUCGUAUAUUUAAUGUUUUCUUUUUUUGGCGAAAGCGCAUUUGUGUUCUUGUUCCUCCUCUUGUCUCGUGUGUUUUCGUGAAACGUGUAUUAUCAUAGUUAUUUCCUAAUGCACUAUUUUUGUUGGGGCACUUACAAGAGCUAUGUAUCUUAGCAAGCAGAAGAAAAUAAUAAUAUUAAUAAUAAUAAUAAUAAUAAAAAGAACAAAAAAAUGGAAAACUUAAUCAAAUAUGCACCAGUAUGUUUUGAGUCGAAUGUUUUUUUAAUGGACCGCUCUUUGCUUUGGUCAUGCUUACUGAAAUGGCUAAUCGUUCAUCCUCAGAUUUUGUUGAUGUUUCUGAAAUGUUGCUCCUCUGUUUAUUUACAUUAGAUCUGCUGUUUUACUUCAUAGCAUCGACUGCUGGAGGUCAUAAUGUCAUAUUUGACAGCAGAAGUGCAUCAUAUCAGUCCAAAACUGCAGACAUUGGUGCACAUUGACACAACACAGGCUCAUUGCAAGUACAUGCUUCAGUGUACAUUACAUUAGCAUGCAAAAACACACUUAUGAUUGCAGUUUCUAGGUAAAAGGAACACUAGGGGGCAGUAUAACUGCAAAACUUUUAUUUCUUUUCACGCUAAUGAUAUUUUUAUAUAUCAUCUCGUCUCAUUUUCGUCCACUUUUCUUGGGCCGGGUCGCGGGGGAAGUAGUCUUAGGAGAGAACCCCAGACUUUCCUCUCUACAGACACUUCCUCCAGCUCCUCUGGGGGACCCCGAGGCAUUCCUAGGCCAGACGAGAGACAUAGUACCUCCAGCGUGUCUUGGGUCUUCCCAGAGGUGUCCUCCCUGUGGGACAUGGCUGGAACACCUCCCUAGGUAGGCGUCCAGGAGGCAUCCAAAACUGAUGCCCGAGCCACCUCAGCUGAGUUCUCUGGAUGUGGAGGAGCAGCGGCUCUACUCCGAGCUCCUCCCGGGUGUCAGAGCUCCUCACCCUAUCCAUAAGAGUGUGAAGGAAACUCAUUUCGGCCACUUGUAUCCGAGAUCUUGUUCUUUAAGUCAUGACCCAAGGCUCAUGCCCAUAGGUCAGAGUAGGAAUGUAGAUUGACCGGUAAAUUGAGAGCUUUGGCUUUCGGCUCAGGUCCUUCUUUACCACAGUGGACCGGUACGUCGACCGCAUUACUGUUGCCGUUGCACCAAUCCGCCUGUCAGUCUCACACUCCAUCCCUCCCUCACUCAUGAACAAAACCCCAAAGAUACUUGAACUCCUCCACCUGGAGUAAGGACUUUCCUCUAAACUGAAGAUGGCAGACCACCUUUUUCCGGUGGAGCACCAUGGCCUCGGACUUGGCAUAUCCCAGCCACGUCACCCUCGGCAGCAAACCGCCCCAGUGCAUGCUGAAGGUCCAUGUUCGAUGAACCCAAAAGAACAUUAUUUGCAGACUAUCUUGUUCUGUUGGCUGAUCGAACAUGGACCUUCAGCAUGCACGACUCAAAAUAAAAACCACAAAAUAAUUCAAAAGUGAUUUGUAAUCAAACAUGUUUACGUUCGCAAAUCUCCAUUUGGACAACUUUUUCUGGUAUUUUAGUCCACUUCCAAAAAAAAAAAAAGA